AUGUCGGUUUCAGAAUUCCAGUUUGCUAGACAAAACCAACAGCCUCUUUUUGUUCUUCUAAUGGAAGAUCAGAAUGCUUGUUCAGAUAUCAGAGUAACACGUGCUUUUUUCCUGAUUGUUCUUCUAAUGGAAGAUCAGAAUGCUUGUUCAGAUAUCAGAGUAACACGUGCUUUUUUCCUGAUUGUUCUUCUAAUGGAAGAUCAGAAUGCUUGUUCAGAUAUCAGAGUUUUGCAGACUGUGAAAAAUGUACAUUUAUACACAAAGACUGGAGAAGAAAUAUCUUUUGACCAAAAUGGAGAUGCAGUGAUUGCAUAUGAAAUCAUGAAUAUACAGAUAUUGCCAGAUGACACAUUUCGGUUGGUAAAAGUAGGCAGAAUGGAGCCUAGAGCCCCUCUUGGUAAAGAAGUCAGCAUCAAUAUGACUGCCAUCUUGUGGAAUGAAAAAUACACUGAGGUUCCAAGAUCAGUUUGUAGUGAAAGCUGCCUUGCAGGAUACAGGAAGAUCCUCAGAAAGGGCCAGCCAGUUUGCUGCUCUGACUGUGCUCCAUGUUCCAUUGGAGAAAUUACAAAUGUUACAGAUGCUUUGGACUGUUGGAAGUGUCCAGAAGAUCAGUGGCCUAAUGAACGACGUGAUACCUGCAUUCCCAAAGCGACUGAGUUCUUAUCUUAUGGAGAGUUCUUGGGUACAACUCUUACCAUCAUUGCUCUUUUUAUGACUUUCUUCAAUGCUUCUGUCUUGGGGAUUUUCAUUAAAUACCGAGACACUCCAAUAGUAAGGGCCAACAACAGAGAACUCAGCUACCUUCUUCUUUUGGGACUUAUGUUGUGCUUUCUAUGCUCCUUAAUAUUUAUUGGAAAUCCAUCUUCAGCAACAUGUCUGCUUCGGCAAACCAUAUUUGGUAUAAUAUUUUCCUUUAGUGUCUCUUUAGUUUUGGCAAAAACUGCAAUUGUAGUCAUUGCUUUCAAGGCAGCAAGGCCUGACAGCAAAUUGCAAAGACUGUUGGGACCAACUGUACCUAAGUUAGUAGUCUGUUUUUGUUUCAUUGGGCAAGUUAUUAUAUGUGUUGCUUGGAUGGUAAGCUACCCUCCUUUCGUGGAAUAUAAUACAAAAUAUGCAAAUGGGAAAAUAAUAAUUCAGUGCAAUGAACACAAAGUAGCAUUCUUCUGUUGUAUGCUGGGAUAUCUAGGGGGUUUAGCUGUUGUCUGUUUUGUUGUUGCUUUCUUGGCAAGAAAUUUACCUGAUACAUUCAAUGAAGCCAAAUUUAUUACCUUUAGCAUGCUAGUGUUUGUUAGUGUGUGGCUAUCAUUUAUACCUGCAUACCUGAGCACACAGGGCAAGUACAUGGUUGCAGUUGAGGUAUUUGCAAUCUUAGCCUCAAGUGCUGGAUUACUCAGCUGUAUAUUUUUACCCAAAUGCUAUAUUAUUUUACUUCAACCUCAGAAAAAUACAAGGAAACAUUUAAUAGGAACAGUUUAG